AUGCCGUGGUACCGGCGCCAGCCAGCACUGCCCAGCUUCACGAUGCUGGCCGCCAGCUAUUCAGUGAUGAUGAAGGGUCCGCCCGACCACGACAUCACAAAACCAGCUGCCACCGGCCGUCGACUAGAAAAUUGGGAUCCACAGCUUCGAGAGCUUGGACUUUGGGCUGCGCAAGAGCCAGAGACUUCGAGCUCGUCGCAGCAUUUCAACCAUGAUGUAGACGAAGGGGUGCACGCAGCUCGGGAGAUACCGCCCCACCCGCCUUCAGCGUUCACCGCCCAGUACGCACCUCACGCCGAACUCGACGACCUGAUCGACUCCGACAACGACAACACGCGAAAUCCGCUUCAACACUACAACCCACCUACCGAAUAUGGCAUACAGACACCAUCAGCGUCGACAUCGUCUCAGCUACACCCCGAGCUACCAUACUUUACUUCUCCACCGCCUCAACACUUGCAUCCCUAUGGUCUUGCUUCGCCAACUACAAAUCGGCAUGAUCAACAUGGCGGACAUACACCGUCAAAUUGGACGUGGUCUACUUCGAGCCAAGAUCAAGUAUGGUUCACACCGCCCGCGUUAAACUCGAAGCCGGGCCCCGGUAGCUCUUCCACCGCAGCAGUGCACAAUCCGGAAGCCUUCUGGGACAUCGCCUCUGAUGUCGAUCCUUCGUUCGCCAUGCUCUCGUAUCAAGAACAAGCUGCACUUCUUACGACUCUGCAAGGAUCUCAGCCUUUGCCCCAGCCGGCAUGCAUCGAGCAAGAUACUACACAAGGCGAGCCCUCACCGACUGGAUCACAACAAGGACUGCAGUCGGCGUUUUCAUGGCGGCUCAUACAGCCAAACACUCGUCUCGAACCAAAUUCGAAUCCCACCACCUCUCAAGGCCCCAUGUCCAUCGCUGCGUCCGCCACGCCCAGCCAAGCUUCAGCUUAUACAUGCAGUUCGGACGGCUGUGGAAAGAGCUUCAAAGACAAGUCAGGCUUGGACCAUCACACGCGCUAUCACAAAGAGCCGAACAACCCUUGGAUCUGCACGAUAUGCGAGCCUAACACAGUGUGGCGCUGGAAGAAAGAGUAUCACAAACAUUUAACAACGCAUUCGGAGGAACGGCCUUGGUUGUGCACCCAGCUUGGCUGUACGAAGACGUUUAAGAGGAGGGACCAUAUGCUGAGACAUAUGCAGAAUGUACAUGGGAUGUCGUCGGCCUCCAACAGCUAG